AUGAAGAACUCGGAAAGCUCCAGUCAACCACUGGCCUCAUACUCCUAUCCAUUUCCAACCCAUCAAAAUGGCAACUCUGGCAGUGUCCCACUGCCAACCCAUCAAAACGGCAACUCUGACAGUGCCCCACUGCCGGUUCAUUCUCACACAGACCCACGUCUCUCCCUCAACUAUCAGUCUGGUAGGGAUCUCUCCACAUUUUCACCACACACAUUUCGGGAGAUUAAUCAAACUAAACCUUUGCGUUGGGCCUUCGAACAAUUUGAAUUGCCAGUGGUUCCUGUUGCCGGCCCCAGCAGCCUGCAACCUUACUCUGCACCGCCCCUAAGAGGAAAUGGGAAUUUCAACUUUUCGGUACCGUCGGUGCUUCCCAAUGGAUGGUAUCCCGAUCAAGCAACCACUCAAAAAUUCUUAGGGUCUGAUUUUCCAGCGGUUCCCGUUGCCGGCCCAAGUAGCCAACCUUACUCUGCCCCACCCCCAAGAGCAAACUCCAAUACCAACUUUUCGGUCCCAACGGCGAUUACCGAUGGCAGGCAGCCAGAUCAAUCACUCUCCCAUCGCUCGUCACGAUCAGUCAAACUCAAAACAAAAAAAGGUUCCAAAAAGGUGGCUGCGAAGGUAUAUAGACCUGAGAAGGGCAACUACCUGUCGAAUAGGAGGGGAAACGUUAGCCGUCUCGCUCAAGUUGGCAAAGAACCUUAUGUGUGUGAUGUGUGCGGUAAGAUCUACCAGCGCAGUGGUGAAUUGCAAAAGCACAACGCCCCGCCAGCAAAGCCACGGGCCAAGAAGCCAAAGGUUUCUGACGAAAAAUAUCCUUGCAAGUAUGCACAUGAAGGGUGCAAACAUUCGUACAAGAGCUUGAAGGAUUGGCACUACUACAAGCACCUGAAACAUGUGCAUGGCGAGGUGGUAAUUGUGUCGGAACCAGUGAGACGGGAAAUGGUGUCCACCUUUCCCGAAAGUGAAGAUGAAGAUGAUUGUGAAGAGCACAAUCCGGUUCCCGGCCCCUCACGGGAACCAAGCUCAUAA